AUGUCGAAAACCAGGUCCAGAUCCAACUCGAAUGGGACUUCCUGGUUUCACCGCAAAGCACAAUUGAGGACUCUGCUCGGAACCUGUGGCGACGAUGAAGAGGAAGGAAUCGCUCUUGAUAAAAUAUUGCAUGGACAAGCAGCUAUCGGAAAGACGCAAACGUCUAUUGAUGUUGACAACGCACGCUUCUCUGACAAGGACCUCGUUUCAUUUGGUCCUCUUGCAGAUGCACAAUUUGGCAUGGUCGAACUCGUGAGCUGUCGACUAGACGGACGUAUUUACGUCCGCAAACGUGUCUCAAAGAAAUUCGCUUUGAAAAUGCGAGAACAGUGUUCUCCACAGAACGAGCGGCGCAUCCUUCUCCUGGCCCUCAAGUCGCAGCCUCGUAAUAGCUCAUCAUGGACACCCCAUAUGCUAUGCGCGUAUCAAUGCUCGACAUUUCUUAAUAUAGUCAUGGAAUAUGCUGCGGGAGGAUCUUUAUGGGAUGUACUUGAAUCCUCUUCCGAGGGUCGCCUCUCAGCUUCGGACCUUGCAUGGUGGGCACCGCAAUGCGUGUCUGCGAUUGACUGGCUACAUACUCGUGCGGGGUUUGCGCAUCGUGAUAUUAAGCCGCAUAAUUUCGUUGUACGACCCGGUCCAAGUGCUCGUCUAUUGCUGAUCGACUUCGGGAGUGCGGCGCCUCUGUUAGCUCCUCGACCUGACGGUGUUCAGCACGUGCCGCGAUCACAUUGUCUUGUCCCAUGCGGGACCUGCGAUUACAUCUCGCCAGAGAUACUACAAGCACAUGAAGAGGCUCUGGUCGCACUCGAGAUGUCAGACGACGAACGUGACUCUCCCGAUGACUCUGAUGUAGAGCCUCCAGAACGCAUGAGGCAGAAAGCGGAAGAAAUGAUACUGCAAGGUGAUUUUGGAUACGGUCGUGAGGCGGACUGGUGGAGUCUCGGUGCCAUGCUUUACGAGCUAGCUUUUGGUGUCGCACCAUUCUUUGCGAAUGACAUACGACAAACAUACGCAAAAAUCAUGAGUCACGAAUCCAAUCUCACUUUCGACCGUAAAGUUUCUGUCCCAUCAUCUCUCAUCAGUUUCAUUAAAGGCCUCCUUACACAUCACGAACGCCGACUAGGUCGGUUCUCAGCGAGCCAGUUGAAAAAUCAUGCAUAUUUCAAGGACGUGAAUUGGACAAACAUUCAUUCUCGACCCUCACCGCCUGACCUUUUACUUCCUGAAUUUACAUACGCUACACCCUUAGCACCACCUGAACCAGUGGAUGACAAUUCAGAGAGUUCCACGGAUACUUCCAAGCCUUUUGCAUUCUCCGCGUUAUUCCAGUCUUCCGUCACGUCAAAACCUGAUGCUUCUUCUUUCCAUUCCAACCAGCAAGAUCUUUUAUCUACCCCUGCCUUCGGACGUCGCAGUUUCUCCAGAGGUGGUUCUUCGGCUUCAGCUGAGAGAUCCAUUGCAUCCUUCAUCGGCUUCUCAUGGGGUCCACCGAAGGACGCCUUUGAUGAAGCUACACGUAUCGUGCCUGCUGAGCCUGCCUCUUCCGAGCCUGGUCUUUGCGUACUUCCCGAAGUCAACAAUGAGAUUCCUUCUCCCAAACAUCCGCUCGUCACUCCGAAACGGCCGUCGCGAGGUACUGCUCCACCGAGCACUGUUCGUGUGACAAGUGUAAGGCGGAGCGCGCAGUCCCGACCCGUAUCAGAUCGAGAGGCAAUGCGUAUGCUAGUUAAUUGCGUUGGUCAGAGCGCUCGAAAGCGUGUGCUCGAAAGCGGGAAGAAGCCCAAGAUACUACUACCUCAGUUCGGGUUUGGAUCUCUCCCACCAGCAAUGAACUCGACGGCUUUAAGAGAUAGCCUUGGAAAGGGUCGACCUCGCGCUCCAUCUUACUCACGGGUAUCUCCACAUUCUUCGAUCCCAAGCGCAGUUCGGAAAGAGCUACGAUUCGACGAGACGGCAACGCAAAUCAUGCCGAACCUGUCGUACACCAACACAUUCACAACUACACUCUCAAACUCAGGUCUGAGUACGGGUGUUAUUCCAUACGUCCCUCCACCAUAUUCUGCCUCUGAGUCGGAAACAGCUACUGAAACAGAUGGACCGCCCAGUCCGAGUCCGAGUCCCCGUCCUGGAUCCGCGAUGUCCAUGCUUUCGAUGUCGAGACGUAGCGCGACUCCGACAGUGUCGAGUGCGUACCUCAUGGGUGUGCCCUCACGACCCAAUAGUGAACCCAGUGAAGUAAGACCUCGUAGUAGAGCAGGAUCUCUGGGCAGUACCCGCGAGGCAGGGGGUGAUAAUGGUACUUCGAUCAUGGAGGAACCUCAGCCCCGCCGGGCACGAUUCGUAGACUCACCUCCCUCGUCACCAGAGCCGCCUAAAGAGCGUGCGCCUCUAACACCUCACCCACGCGCUGACCAGGUUGACCGGAGAGAUCAACCAGCAUCACGACGCACGCGCUUUGAGGCGUCUCCUCCAUCGCCUGGCCGUACGAAGAAGUCGGCUCCUGGAACGCCCCAUCCUCUCGCUGGGAAGAAAACUGGACAGACAGAACAAACACCUCGCCGCACGCGCUUCGGCGUGGAGUCAUUUGCAGAGUCUCCUGAACUCGCCAAAAAACACGUUUAUUCAACACCGCAUCCAAAGGGACAGGCUCGCCGCAGUUCAAAGCCUCCACUUCAGACACGGCAUUCAUCAACCCCAGCUCGUCCGGGUUUGACCGGCAGAGACAUAACAAUAGAUGAUCUACUCGACGAUGAUGAGACACUUCGGCCGCAAACUACUCGACAGAGGAUGGAUCUAAGCGAGACUGAAUCCGAAGAAGGAAACGAUGUUUCCUCUAAGCAUGUAAACGAGAUUAUUCCUCAAGCUAACGAUUCAGAAACGCUUGAAGAGACUCAGGAUAUUGUUUUACGAGACUCGGUGUCCUACAAUCGUCAUGGGAGCUAUGACAGCGAUUGUGAUGGUCUAGAAUUGUUCGAGGACAUGAAACGUCGAUACGAACAGCUCCUGGCUGACAUCGCAAACGUCAAGUUGCACAUUGACGAUUUCGCCUCUCAGGUGCGAGAUUCGAACCAAUAA